GUUUAUUCCUGGUAGAAAGCGGACAGCAGGAUUUAUUUAUUUACUGCAUCAGCUGUUUAUUUGAAUCGUUUGUAGUGUAAACUCAAUACAAAAUGCCAUUUAUUUCCAAAGAUUGGCGAUCCCCGGGAGAGGCCUGGGUCAAAACCGAGGAAGGAUGGGAAAAGAAAAAGGUGUUAGAAAACUGCAAGGCCCUGCAAAAGGUGUCCAGAAAUGAUAGCUCGGAAGAAGAAAGUGAUUCAGACACUGCCAUCCAACCUCAUUGUCACAUUACAAUAAAAUGUACUAAAGAAAUUGCGGGUUUUAACGAAUUAGACGAAGCAGUGAAACGGUUAGAUUUUAGAAGUGCCGUUAGAGACGUCCGUAGAUUUAAUUAUAUUUGUGCUCUAUUGGAAUUACUGAUCGGCCAACAGAUGACAGCUCUCUCUGGGUGUUCCCAAAAAGUCCUUCUUGCUAUGUUGGAGGAGGUCGCUAGUCAUGCCACUACCAGCCAGCAUAAUCCUAGAGGUUUAAGACAAUUGCUCACCAAUCUGAGAGCCUUGAGGACUGCCGAACGGGAUGCCUGUUGGGGAGGAACCUUGGGAUCCCAAGUGCUGUGGCACCAGCACGCUACCAAAAUAGAAAGGAUAUUAAAUAUGGCAGCCGAAAUGCAGAUCCGAGAGCCUAAUCCAAAUAGCAUGCCUAAAUUAAUGCAACUGCCAGAGGAGUGCAUUAGGGAAAUUAUUUUAAGGUUAUCCGACCAUAAGGAUUUAGUAGCCAGCGCCGAGUCGUGCGAACAGAUGGCAGCUAUAGUAAGCGAACAAAGAAUUUGGAGAGAACUGACCAAAUUCCAUUUCGUCCCUCAGCAAAUAGAUCUUGUCUUAUCCAAAGACAAUAGCAAAAUUGACUGGAAAGAAGUCUACCAUUCGCUGAAAAAGACCUUCGGAAUCAACGAAGAACGCCAAUACGCCGAAAUGCUGUCCUUGUGCCGAUACUGCCGCUGUCUCUUCUGGAGAUCUUUGGGUCAUCCCUGUAUCGCUGAUCAAUGUCCCGAAUUCCGAGCUCGUAUCCAGGAAGCGGGCGGCGUCAGUGCCCCUGCCCCCGUCCCCCCCUCGGCGUUUCUUAAAUUCUUCUCCCUGUAGAGUCGCCUUUCUCUUCCCCCUCUUACCGACCGAUUCGUUUGGACAUUCUCUGAAAUUCACGAACCGCUGCUAAUAACUAUUAAUGUGCAUCGAUUAUUGCAUUUAACAAAAGUACUGUUUUGUUUUUAGGGGUUUAUACGUAUAUAUCUUCACUCGCGACAAAUCUACAUCACUAUGAAUGUGAACGUAGGACAAUGACCUCAUAAUAUUUGUUGUUCCGUCAGAAUUUGGUGGUAUUAUGAGGUUCAAUAGCGCUUUGGAUCUCUUUUAACGCAAAAGUUAGUAGUCUGAAGGCUCAAUAUACGACCAUGCUCUGAGUAUCACUCCACAGAGAUAAUCGAAAGCUCGAACUCUUCAAAUCUAACGUUGUCCAAACCGAAAUCAGGGCAAACAACGGUUUGGAGGUCGUACUUGUAUUGUAUAUGGUCUAAGAGCUAGCAACGUUUUCGAGAAAUCAUUUUAAGACGGCUGAUUCUUUCAUAUAUUGUUCCCUAUGCUUCCUCGAACACCGUACCGAUCAUCUGGCUGCUGAUAUAGGUUGCGUUCAUUACUGCGCAGCACACCUAUACAGGUAAAUACAAAAUCAGGGUGAUUGAUUAGUGUGAUAAAGCUUAGUAGAUCCGCUAUAGUAAUAGAUAGCAAUAAAAGUUAAUAACAAAAAUUAUAGCUAACUUUGCGCUUCACAUUACGAAAUUGGUUAGAUUGUUACAGGGUGUUCGAUAACAUAGUGGCAGACCAAACUUUUGUUUUUUUAAAUGGAACACCCCAUAUUUUAUUUUAUAUUUGAAAUCCUGUUAACUUCUCCAUCACCAAAAUAUAACGGUUUGUUAUAUUAUACAGGGUAUUUACAAAGUUAUAACCAAUGUUCUAUGAAAAUUGUAAUAAGCUCAACUCCCUGUAUAAAUAAAAAUAAGCAUAACAGCAAUGGUUAUUGGUGCCAUAUUUUUUUGUUGAUUGUCAAAAUUUAUAAAAAUGGUUGAUAUUGCUCAUUUUCUUUAUAUCGAAUACAGGGUGAGUCAAAACGCAAGUACAUUAUUUUUACAGUAAUUUUAAAUAGAACACCCUAAUUAAUAACUUGCUCUAAAAAAUGAAAAUAUCUCGAAAACUGACAAAUUUAGGCAUAGGGAAUAUUAUACAAAAAUUAAAGUACGGUAAUGAUAUUUUUCGAUAGCAAUAUAAAAUACAGGGUGUUCCAUUUAAAAUUUCUGAGAAAAGAAUGUAAUUGCGUUUUGACUCACCCUGUAUUCGAUAUAAGGAAAAUUAGCAAUAUCAACAAUUCUUAAAAAUUUUCACAAUCAACAAAAAAAUAUGGCACCAAUAAACCAUCGCUUAUGUGCUUUUUUUAUUUAUACAGGGAGCUGAACUUGUUACGAUUUUCAUAAAAAAUUGGUUAUAACUUUGUAAAAGCCCUAUAUAACAUAACAAACCUUUAUAUUUUUGUGAUGGGGAAGUUAAGAGGAUUUUGAAUAUAAAAUAAAAUAUAGGGUGUUCCAUUAAAAAAAAACAUAAGUUUGGUAUGCCACUAUGUUAUCGAACACCCUGUAACAUUCUAACUAAUUUCGUAAUGUGAAGCUGAAAGUUGGCCACAAUUUUUAUUAUUAAUUUUUUUGCUAUCUAUUACUAUAUCGGAGCUACUGAGCUUUAUCACACUCAUCAAUCACCCUGUAUAUUGAAUUUAAAUUAUUUUAGGACGAAAAAUUUUUUUGUCAUUACUUUUUAAACCACAGAAAUGUCUGGCAAUUACAGUUCAUAUUUCUAAUAAUGUUUACAAAGUAAUGCCAAAAAAAAUAUUCGUCUUACAAUAAUUUUAAAUUCGAUAUGUUUACCUGUACAAAUGUGCUGCGCAGUAAUGAACGCAACCUGUACCAGUAGCCAGAUGGCCGGUACGGUGUUCAAGGAAGCAAGGGAACACUAUAUGAAAGAAUCAGCCGUCUUAAAAUGAUUUUUUUUCCGACGUUGCUCUUGGUCCAAUAUGUAUUACAAAUAAUGAAGUUUUCAUUCCUAGGUUCACACGUUCGAGAAAUAAUUUAAAAUCAAUGUUUUUACAACCCCUCAAACUCAUAAGAGCAAAACGUAUUUUUGAAUUAAUAUUUUUUAUAUUAAAAUAGGACGUUUUAAUACUAAGUAUUAAUAAUCUUAGUUUUUAAGUUUUAAUAAUGAUUUGAAGCUGCUUUAUAACACUGUCAAAUGUCAUAUCAGUUGACCCAUUCAUUCAUCUGCGAUAUUUUCCUAACAAACCAAAGAAAUGUGCACUAGACUGAUCAAUAUCAAUUUGUGGUGCUGACACUUUUUUACUAUAUAUUUUUUAGACGUUAUUUUAAAGAUAGAACGAAACGAUAUCUAGGGUUGAUAACAUCCUCAUAAACAAAAUACAAUCACGUAAACAUUUGGUAUAUUUGUUACCAAAAUACAUUUGUUACAUGAAUUGGAGCUCUGGCCUCAUAACUACUCAUAAAUUUCUCAAUUAAGACUGUAUCUAACUCAUAGCCAUGCAUUCUUGAUAUUGUCGGAUAUUGUUUACCAGCUCCUACGCAUGCGUUGUAGAGUAAUUGUAUUUAACUCAUAAGGUUUGUUCCGACUCGAUACAAAACCGUUCUUGAAUAAUUACGCUCAUGCGCAAUAACGAAUACUUAUGCGCAGUAACAUAUUUUUUGUUACUGCGCAUACUCAUAACCGUUCAAGAACGGUUUUGUAUCGAGUUGGAACAAACCUAUAGUCAUGCCAUCACAAAAUUAUUUAUAUGGUUCUGCGCAUGCGUGAUAUGGUUAUUAAGAGUUUAAUUAUUUUCUUAAUAAAAAUAUCGUAUCAACUGGUUGGCAAUUUAUCAGUGUUGCAUUAGCUAGAGAAUAUUAUAAUAUUUUCUGAAUUUGGAUAUGAGAUGAAGUGCCAACAUUUUUCAGUAACCCAAAAGUCUUAAUAAUUGAUAACAAUUUAGAUACUACGAUUAGUUAAUGGGUCGUCGUGACCAUUUUUUAUAUUCUAGAUGGUACAAUUGUUUUGUGGUACCACAGACACGAGUUACGAUGGCAAAGCUUAUUUUGACUGUAUUUUUUUGAGUUUUAGUAAUCUUUGAUGACCAAAUAAUUUAAGGUUUGUUUAGCAGUAAAUGGUUGACUUCAAUUAGUGCGGUCGUAAAUAUUAUUAAACUUAUCUGACUUGGCCCAUUGUAAGACCGGUCCGGAGCGAUAAGCAAACGAGGUAGACAGAGUUGGUCUUUUGACAAUUGAUACUGACUAGACGGUACUCCUAUAAUAAAGCAAAGGAUCCACAAAAUUUACAAUAGUUACGACGACAAAAACAAAAAAACGGGUGUAAAAUAUUGCUUUGCCUUAUAUACCUGAAAUUAAUGUUUUCAAAUGAGUUUUAAAAUAAAUUAAAUCUAUUUUAAUUGCUAAGAUUAUAGAAAAACAAACAUUCAAACAUACUUAAAUUUUACCUGAAACCGGGCCUUUUAUAUUAUUAUCGGUUAACCCAGGAUGUUUAUAGUCGGUACUAUUGAAGUCAACCAUUUACUGCUAAACAAACUUUAACUAUAUAAAAAUCUUGGUCCAAAGGUUGAUUGUGCGUUUUAAAUUUUAGUACUUUUUACUACUAAAAUCACUCGAUUCGAGUUGGUUCUAAACACUAAAGGUAGGUACAUGGUUUACAAACAAGAAAUAAUAAAACAAAGCAGCGAAUGAAAUAUUUCCCCCAAUAAUUAUUCAAAAAUCCUACAAAAUUGACUGGAAUAUGAAAAUAAUAACUCAUAACAAUUCUAGUUAGCUAAUAUCGGACAAAAGACGAUUCAGAGUCUGUUGAAUCAUCUACAAAUCAAUCUGCAUUAGAGGAAUUACUCACAGAAUGACCUGUGAAGAUCUUCCAACGUAGUAAUCACGUAAAUAAAUCUUUCUACAAUAAUACCAAUACUGAGCGUAACUGAAGUAGUUAUUUUCAGUCCAAUGUUAAAUGUUUCUACCCAUAUCAAGGAUGCAAGUUAUAACAACCUGCAAUUGCCAUACAAUUGAUGAACAUGUGGAUAUAUUUAGCUACAAAUACUCCUAUCUAGACAAUUUGUGACAAUAAAAAGAGAUAGGGUGGGUGAAAACUCAAACAAAUCUACCCCCACUGAAACAAUUGCAUAUAGCGAAACUUUAUAAAAUUUUCCCGUAAACAAAUAUGUUUACAAUAAUAUUAUUGUUUAGUACCUACUAACUUUAUUAACUGAUCUCCUUAAUAUAGCUGCAAUUUACUGUCCAAUAUUUAACAUUGCAUCCAUAUCAUUCGCAAAUGAUAUAAAAUCGACGAGAAUAUAGAAAUAUGUAUAGAGCCCCAGAAACUUCAUCUAGUGAACAAGAACAACUGAUGAAAAGGGGUAGAAGUGGGUGGAAAGACCAUCAAAACAUGUACAUUAGUAAAAUUUCAGACUUUUAUGAGAUAUUUAGACCACAUUCACAACAGAGAUUGAAAAAAUUAUCAAAGAAGGAAAAAUAGAAAAUCAGAGACCUAAAUGAAGAUCACCACCACGUUGAACAAGACCAAUGUUGAACAGUUUGAACUGAACACACGUUUCAACUGAACCAAAUUAACAAUUACCAUCAGUUAAUUCUUAUUCUAUCUCCAAAGACCAACAUGAAUUAAUGCACUAUUUUUAUAUUAUUAUUAUAACUAUUUGGAUAUAACGUUUAUUAAUAACCAUGCACCAGUGUAUCUUUGAUAACCCAGUUACUAUUUACUAUUUUUAUUGGUUAAUCUGAUAUGACAAUUGACAGGUGACGUUUGACAAGUGACAGUUAAUAGAUAAUAGACGUUACUCGAAGGGCAGCUAUUACCAUAUUCUGGUAUUUUUUUAUGUUAUUUUAGACAUUGCAAUGGUGGGAGACACUUAUUAUUUGACUGAGUUUUUAUACAUUGAACUACCUACAUUAAAUAUAUAUCAUAACAUAGUUGUAGUCGUAAUGUUAAGGAGCAAUUGAUAACCAUUCACCAAUUAAAAAAUACCCUAUAGCCGUUGACCACUAAAAAUUAUCCUAUUCCUAAGCUUGAUGAGCAUUCACCUACCUACAUGUGUGUCAUCACUUUAGUUAAGUUUAACCUGUGAUUAUACAGCUACUAAAAUGGUAUAACUGCAUUUUAUCAGGACAGACAUAAGUAAUUGGUGACUAUUAGGCAUCCAUCUUGAACAUUUCUAUUGAGAAUGCUGAUGUACUAAUUAAAUUCGUAUUACACCUUUUUUAAACUUUAUUUUUUUUUAUUAGAAAUAACCCGCAUCAACCAUAAAAGGUUAUUAGCGGUGGUACAAUGAUACAUAUUAAUUUGAUACAAAAUAUAAACUAUUUUACAAAGUUUUUUUUACAGAGUUUUUACAGUUUGAUUUUAAUUUAUGGUUGUUCUGAAACGUAGCACUCAUAUUUGGUUAUAUAAUUUAGUUUCCUUUAAAAACCUAAUGAUUUUGUCACAAUCCGCACUGUUUAACGCACACUAUAUAUCACAUGGUAGUCCAGUAGCUUGUCUUUGCAGAUGAUAUGAUGGACAGUCUAUAACAAUGUGACCUACAGUUAUAUUGACGUCACAGGCGUAGCAUAUUUAUUGUUUUUUUAAUUGAGGUUUUCUCGGGAAACAUCUGUAUCUUCGGAGUUAUCACCUUAAGUUUGAUCUAGAUUUAGUUGACGACGUAGCUUCUUCCUUAUUCGUGUAAUUCUAGAUUUAAUGCGUCUGUCUUCGAGUUUGGGGUAGAUUUCUGUUAGCAUUGCCAAUAGUCCUGUUAUGUUUUUCGUGUAUUCUUGUGCGAUACUUAAUGGAUUGGGGGAACCGUGUGCAUCAUCCAGAAAGCUGACUAUCUCUGUAUAGUUUAAUUCAAACAGGGUUGAAGCUUUAUCAAUAAAUUCCUUUGCAGGUUGGAUAAGUGAUUCAGUAGAAACUGUUUCUCCAGUUUUUGUAUCAGAUUUAGUGACUCUUGGCUUUUUUGUUGAUCUUGCUUUAGGUUUUGUAAAAUCUAUUUCUGUGCUUUCUACCGGUGGUGUAUCAAGUGGAGACGAUAUUUCAGAAUGAGAACGUUUUGGGAUAGUAAUUUCUGUAGGGAGUUCUUGGGAGUCCAUUACUUCACCAGUGUUUUCUGUUUGAUUCUGGACAGAGUGAUUUUGUCUUCAGCUGUUGCAUUACAGGAAGAAAUAGAGUCUUGGUCAGUUUGGGAUGUAGGUAUAGACGGAUUUGACUGGAUGGCCGUAUAGGUACAUGUUGAGGCGAUAUGACCAGAUUGAUGACAGAGAUAGCAAGUGAGUCCAUCAGAAAGAAAGAUUCGGUAAGAUGUAUUAUCGAAGUCAAUGAGAAUUGAUUCAGGAAUAACAAGAUUGUCGGCAGGUGUAUAGUCCACCUGCCUUAAUACGUGACUAUAUUGAGGAUCUUGAAUUCCCGCUCUUAAGAAAGACAUCGGUGAAAGAAGAUGAAAGCCCUUCUCGGCAAGAUAUUUUUCGAGGAUGUGAUGAGGAAUAGACGGACAGACACUAGAUAGCAGUAACCUAUUUGCAGGAGUGACUAGUCUUCUUGCUCUGAUAACAUUAUCUCCUAUUUUUAUACCUCCGUAGUCUUAAAAAAGUUUCAACAACUUCUUUGCUGGAAAGGUAGAUGCAGAUUCUGCCCUUAGAAAUUCGUGAUGAAAAAAGUACAUUUUUGGGUUGUACUAGUGAUCCUAUUGCUGUAACGUAGUCUUCUAAUUUUAGGGUGUCUACUGCUGGGAUAAUAACUGCUUGUAGUUUCAUGAAAGAUUUUGAUGAAACCGUAAAUAUAUUGAUAAAAGUAAUUACGGCAAUCAAAUCACAACUAAUAACUAAACUACUGGUUAUGUUUCUUAUAAUUAAUUUAAAAAUUUACUAUGGUAAGCGAUGAAAAACUUCGAGAGUAAAUUUAGGUGUACUUAAUCAACUAGGUUCAGGAUCGCACCCUUAAACUUUAUUAUUUUAUAAAUUUAUAGAUUUUAAAGACUCUGCUGUGUAUUUCAAUAAUCUUAGUUUAUGCUGCAGUUGAACGUGUGUUGAAAUUCCCUUCUUUCUGCCAUACAAACAUUGUACAAUGUACAAUUACACACAUCAGAAUGGGCUAGGGGACAAAGUAAUCAAAGACUGAUUAAAUGAUCAUUUGAUAAUUUAUUUGGAAACAAAUAUUUUUUUGAACAAAUCUGGACGUUGCCUAACCAUAAAUUAUGAAUAACACAACAACCGGUCGUUGUCUACAGAAGGUUUAAAAAAUUGAAAAAAAAAUAAACAAAAAUUUUCAACUAAAAUUUAAAAAUAAAAUCGUAGGCUCUUGUUAGUAAAGUGUAUAACCACCUUUGCUAUUAAUGAAACCUCGACAUCGAUUUGGUAUAGUUCGUAUCAAAUUGUCAAUAUGAUCUUGCUCCAUUUGUUGCCAUUGCUCUUGCAUACAGUUUAGUAGAUCUUCCCUUGUCUGGAACAGUAAUUAUUGGUGUUGUACACGUCUUUUUUACAUAUCACAAACGUGCUCGAUGGGAUUCAAGUCAGGGAAUUGAGCAGGUGAGAGCAAUACUCGAAGAUUGUUCUGCUCCAAAAAAUUGAUCACGAUUUUUGCAAUAUGCAGAGGUGCAUUGUCGUGCAUCAGCACAGAAUUUUCUUCGAAUUGUGUAGCAUAUGGACGAACAAUAAGUUCAAGAGUAUGAUCUCGACAUUUAUUUGCUGUUAAAAAACCUUCAAUAUGAACGAUAUCAGUUCGAAAACUAUUGAAACUCCAGCCCAAACCAUCAAAGUUACUCCUUGAUAUCUGUCAACUUCUUGAAGUGUUUGCAAGCGAAAUGCUUUGCUAGGUGUUCGCCACUAGGGAUGGCGGUUUUUGACAAAACACCGGUUUUCGGUUAUACCGGUUUUUUAUACUUACGGUUUAACCUGGAUGUUAUAACCGUCCAAAAAAACCGGUUGUUUCAAAAACCUGUUUUCGAUUUUUAUAAUCAAUAGCCAAUAUAGUCUGUUCGCUAAACUCAGACGCAAAUUUCUAGAUAUUUUAGUCGGUAAUUUUGCCAAUUUUAGUAAAAUUGGCAAAAAAUAAUUACUAAAUAGUUAAUAAUCACUAAAUAGUUAGUAAUUUUGCCAGUUUUUGCAAAAUUGGCAAAAAACAAAAAAAUUAUCGACUAAAAUAUCUAGCCAGUUGCGUCUGAGUUUAGCGAACCGACUAUACCCAUUAGGUUACAAUGUUACAUUUACAAUGUUACACUUUAGUUUGCGAUAUUCGAUUCAAAUCGAUAUAAAUAUUAAUCAUAUCGAUACUAUCGAAAGAAUAUCUCCAUAUUAAGAUAAUAUAAUCAAUCGAUAUAUAAACGGCGUUGGGAUCGUACCCAAUUGGGAUCGUACCCAAUUGGGAUCGCAAAAAAGAAUCGGUCAUCAGUCUCGUCAAAUCGGUUUCGGUUUCGGUUUGCUUAAAAUUUUUUCAUCGCGCGCUAGGGGUUGAAAAAUUUCCCUAUUUUUUCAUUAUUUAUUAUUUUUUCCAGAGGUAGUAACUUAUCCGAUUUUUCACCGGUUAUUACUAUAAAAAGAAAAAACCGGUUAUAACCGUGACAAAAAAACGACCGGAAAAACCGAUUAUUUCAGAGUAAAAAAACCGGUUUCGGUUAUAACCGGUAGGUUUUUCCCAUCCCUAUUCGCCACACCCUCGAUCUUCGUGAAUCGAGUCGUAAACCAUUCAUCGGUGCAAAUAAUAUUUUUCAUUCUCGUUCUUGCCAGAUUUGUUCUUCGGGUCAUUCUAAUCUCCUUGUUCGAUUCCCACGGGAUAAUACUGGAACUCUAAUGGGACAUCUAGCGUGAAGAUUACCCUCAUGCAACCUAUUCCUGAGAGUUUGAGCAGAGACAUUAAUGGAAUUAAUGUGGUGAAGCUUACCUCUUAGCUGGCUAGCAGUAACAUUGCAGUUCCUUAAUGCCUGAAGGCGAACAAACCUGUCCUGUACUGGUCAUGUUGCUCUUGUUAAACAAGUGUGUCUUACCUUACAUCACCAGUUUCUUGAAAACGCUUCCAUAACCAUCCUACCGUAUUUUUGGCAGAAUGCACAGCUUCUGCCACGUCGCGAAUGUUCAUACCACACUGUAUCAUACCAAUAGCUCGUAGCUGUGUUUCACGAUCAAGAUGAUUUCUUUACAUAUUAACUUAGUUAAAACUACAAUUGCAACAAAUUCUAACUACACUUGCGGUAAAAAUUGUCUUGAAUGCACUUUUAAGUUGAAUAGAUAACCUUCAAAAUUUACCUUUGUUCCGUUGGUGGUGUGUGUUGACGGAAACAAUUAACUUAAAUUAAAAUAAGUGUAAGACAACGAACAGUAAUAUAUUUAUUUAUUUUUGGUUAAAAAAGGCGUGCUUAUAUCUCGUAAGAGGGUUUGUUAUUGUUUGGGGCCAGCGAGGGUUGUAUGACCGACCGAUGCCUGCUAGGGUUGUGUAACGACUGAGACCACAACACUAUUAUGUCAUCGUGUCUGCGGUUCUACCAUGUGGCCAGAAAAGGCGAUAAAUUACUAAAUCUGGCGUUUUAAAAGCUGAGAGAACCUUUCUGUAGUUUUUAAGAAGUUGACAUAAAGAGCGUGGCCAAUCUGGCAAUUUGUGUUUCCCCGAAAAGUCAUUAAUUUUAUACAAUCUGGUUUUGUAUUUAGGAGCGAAACGCAUGUGAAUUUUAAAUGGCCCAUAUUAUUUUCGUUUAGAAAAGAAAGUUAAUAUUUAAAAUUAGCAAUUAAAAAAAUAAUAAAUGAAGCGUGCGCUAUACCUUUUUUUAAGAUACCAUUAUUUUACCAACAAAAAUACAAACCGGUAUAGUAAGAUAUAUAGAGAGUCUAUUCUGGCAAUAUCUAAUGAAUAAAACAUUGUUCAUUCUUCUAUGGAAUCAAAAGCUUUAUUAAAGUCAACAAAGGCUCACCUGGGGUGGAAUUUUAUUUUCAAAAUAUAAAAUUCUUUUUACUAGUACAGAGGAAAAACACUUAAGACAGAUAAAAAUCAUUAAAAUUACAUUUUCACGUGUAUUUGCGUUAAGCCGGAUUUAUCUUAGGGCGGGGACGUUGACGACACGGCUGUCUUACGGGGCACAUUGAAGAAUCGCCUGAUAUGAAAAGCAUUGACUAGUUUAUCGUACAACGGAACGGGGGACGUGCGCCAUCUAUUGUUGGCUUUAGGAUGGAUGCUUAAUAUGAUCACUUCAGUGAUUUGUCUGUUUGGUAGCAAAAAAUAAUGUAAACUAAGUCAUAGUAAUUAACUACUACCAGUGAACUAUGAGUGAAUUUCAGAGAUGCCCCUCGUUGUGCUUCUUGUGCAUUGUGAUAUAUUUAUCUCAUAAUUACGAAAUUAUUUACUAUAUCGUGUGUAAUAGAUGCUAUAUUUCUCAUAGUGAUUAUAUCAAAACUUUAAAAUUGUGGUUGAAAUUAAAAUUAUUUUUCCUUAAA